CCCCCCUGCCUGCGGACUGAAGCAGUCGCUAGAGUUUCUUCGUCGUCUGCUUUUAGUGCUUUCUGUAAGCAGCAGGGUUUAAGGUUAAAAGCCCGAGCAGCCUCUAGAAAGAAAAGAGGGGGGAAGUUUGAAAAGGUUUCCGUGUCUCCUGCGCAAAAAAGAGGAUUUAAUGCCGAACUGAAGUUCUGAGCGCAAAAAGUUGUGAAUGCAUAAGCUCUGUGAGGUGGACUGAUUGACUCCAGACUGCUUUGCUUACUAAUUUCUCUAAUAAGAAGGAAAAGGCUUCGCUGCUGUUGCGCACCGCACGCGCAGCGCGUUUGUUUGCGCUCUUGUCAAGUUAUAGAAUGUUUAAUUGACACCUGUUGCGUGACGUCCUAAUGCUCUGUAGCCCGGUAAGUGUAUCAAAACUUUAAAAACUUGGACUCGAGUGAUUUUCGGGGGACUUUUUUUUUCCUUCUUCUUCAGUGGACAGCGCCGGACUGUUUUGGAGUAUGUUCUUGAAGUGAAUGAAACACAGAGAAGCACUGGAAACGCAAAUGCCAAGUUGAAUUGAUCGGAGUUGGAAUUGUUUCAUAUUGACAGAAGUAACUCCUACUUUGUAUGCGCUUCGAAAGAACAUCACGUAGUGCAGAAGACCAAGUUCAGCUGUCAGGACUUCAGCUCUGGAACUUUGGAGGAACUUUUGGAGACCUGCACUGAACGGAUAGAUCGAGAUCUGCAAACGAAGGAGGCUCUUCACGUUUCCAUUUCUUGGACGAGAAAGGAUGGAUGUGAGAAGGACCCAAGGACACCUACUUUUGGCAGUGGCCCUCAUCGUCUGCAACUCUCAGCUGCUGGUGGUCGCCCACUCAUGGUGGUCAUUAGCCAUGAACCCCAUCCAGAGACCGGAGAUGUACAUUAUUGGAGCACAGCCUCUGUGCAGCCAGCUGACGGGCCUGUCUCAGGGUCAGAGGAAGCUCUGCCAGCUCUAUCAGGACCAUAUGGUUUAUAUCGGAGAGGGUGCAAAGACAGGCAUCAAGGAGUGUCAGUAUCAGUUCAGGCAGAGGCGAUGGAACUGUAGCACUGUGGACAACACAUCUGUGUUCGGCCGAGUCAUGCAGAUAGGCAGCAGAGAAACAGCUUUUACUUAUGCCAUCAGCGCAGCGGGUGUCGUGAAUGCGGUGAGUCGGGCGUGCCGUGAGGGUGAGCUUUCCACCUGCGGCUGCAGCCGAGCAGCUCGUCCCAAAGACCUCCCGAGAGACUGGCUAUGGGGCGGCUGUGGGGACAAUGUCAACUAUGGCUACCGUUUCGCCAAGGAGUUUGUGGACGCCCGCGAGCGCGAGAAAAACUACCCGCGUGGAUCUGUCGAACAGGCACGCACGCUUAUGAACCUACAGAACAAUGAAGCCGGGAGAAUGGCAGUGUACAAUCUGGCCAAUGUUGCAUGCAAGUGUCACGGUGUCUCCGGUUCGUGCAGUCUGAAAACUUGUUGGCUCCAGCUGGCUGACUUCCGUCGAGUGGGAGAGUUCCUGAAAGAGAAAUACGACAGCGCCGCUGCCAUGCGCGUCAGCCGACGAGGCAAACUGGAGCUGGUCAACAACCGAUUUAACCCCCCGAUGAAUGAGGACCUAGUGUACAUUGACCCCAGCCCAGACUACUGCCUGCGUAACGAGACCACCGGCUCUCUGGGCACCCAGGGCCGCCUGUGCAACAAGACCUCAGAGGGCAUGGACGGUUGCGAGCUCAUGUGCUGCGGUCGCGGUUACGACCAGUUCAAGACCUACAAACACGAGCGCUGCCACUGCAAGUUUCACUGGUGCUGCUACGUCAAGUGCAAGCGCUGCACGUCGCUCGUAGACCAGUUUGUGUGCAAGUAGCAGCCUAGGGACGGGACAGACGCCCUGGAGAGGCACUGAGCAAUUAGCGGGAGAAGAACGGGACCCUUAACAGACCCAGAGGGGGAACUUAGAGAUAAUUAAAUGUAAAAUGAUUUAUUAAAUAGCAAGAAAUUAAAGUAUAUAAAUAAUUGUACGUGUGCCAUUGAUAGUAAUUUAAUGACUUUUCCUGACUCAAGAAUAAAAAGUUGGACGUCAUUGAUGAAAAGGAGGCACCGGUGAUGUUUUCUGGCUCAAGCUGUUGUUCUCUUGAUUUUUGAAUUCAGAGCAGCACAAACUCUUUGCUUGUUCUAAAAAGAAGAGCCUACAGACUCUUUAGAGACUCGAAAAAAGGGAGAGAGGCAGAAAGAGUACAGAGAACAACGGCUCAUCGCCCAUUGUCUUUUCCAGACCUUCGGUCCACCGCUGAUUGACCUCCAAAAACACACUCCACCUUGCCAAUAUCAGAGCUCUUAAGAAUUGUGGAAUUAUCGGACAUUGUGUUCCAUGAUGAUAUGACAAGAACAGAAUACUGCCUGUUACCCGUCACACAAACAUCUCUGCUAAGAGAUGCUUGAAAGAUGAAACCAUAAAUGAGUAGGAAUGUUUUUACCUGAAUUGGAGCAACACACACACCUUUUAUCCCUUGUUAUUCUACCAAAAUCAUUUGAUUAGUAUCUUUCAUAUAGGCUUUCAAAAAUCUGUUAUGAACCUUUGAUGCAUUUCAGAGGCUUCUAUAGCCUACAUCAUAUCUUGAAAUAACAUCUAAUCUAGAACAGAGAAUAUUGUGUUGGUUCUGUCAAUGUCUUUGUCAUUGUUGGUUGAAACGGUUCAAAGCCUCCUGGAAUAAAUGUGUGUCUGGUGAAUGAAAAUAGGUUGAAAAAAAAUCAAGGCUACAUAAGGACUGCAAAAACUAUUAUUGUAACCAAAUACUAGUGGUUCAGAUUAUAUUUUAUGAAUUCCUUCUCAUUUUAUACAUCAUAUGUAUUGUUCUGAUUACUAUUUUUUGAUAAAGAUGCUUUUAACUGGGAAUUGAUAUGCUAACAGAGAAGAUAUUACUGGCCACUGGAUGGAACGGGCGAUCAUAGCCACAGAACAAGAAUAAGACAAAAAUAUAUUUUGUUAAUUCCUGAGUGUUGUAGAGGAAAACUACACUUGUAAAUAACAGUCAGUCAGUCAUGUAUGCCAUUAACACUUACAAUCUCUUUGACCUGUCACUCCACUGUUUGUUUGCUGCCCUGUGCUUGUUGUGUGUAUUCCCCCUCAUUCAAACCAGUAAUAUUAAAAAUAUAAAUAGUGACUAUUAUUACCUUUUCUGCUGCUUUACUUCUAUUUAACCUUCUGUGUUUGUUCUGUUUGCUUUGUGGAACGAUUUAGAAACAUUUAUGACCAGGGUUAUAGAUAUGUACUUAUAUCUAUAAGUCAUUAAAAUGCUGCUCAUUUGAUCUGUUCUACUGAUACAGUCAAACAUUUUUGGUAUCAAACAUUAUCUAUGUGUUAUAGAUGAAAUAUAAUGUAACCUUUAUGCAACACUCACACUUGAUGUUUUUCAUACAGGUAGAGACCACCUGAUCAGUUCGAGUAGUGCUGUAUUUAAUUUUUUUGACAGUAAUGAAAAUGAGGCUGUGAGGGUUAACGGAUUGUACUGCCGUUUAACAGCAUACUGAUUCAGUAUUCAGCUGAUGAAACAUCUGUUUUAAAUGUUGUAAAAAUGAUGUGAUCUAGGACCUUUAUACAGUGUGUGCCUUUGUAAAGACUCCGAGUCUAUCCAUCACAACUUUGUAUUUAAUAUGCAUGGUCUAUGUUGCUCAACUUGUGUUUUUUGGAGAGAAGUCGCAGGGUGGGGUUGGCACUUGCUUUUCUAACCAAACAAAAACAUCUCAAUUCAGAUUCUGGUUCCUUGGUUCACACCCUCCUUUUCACUGGUCCGCACUAGUUUCACUGCUGCCAAUUGUCGCAUUAUUAGCAAAUCAGCUUUUGUUAUGCAAUUAGUAGACACUGGCACAAACUAUACUGUGUGGACCGCAUGAAGGUUGGGAGAGUUUCCAGUGACUCUGGCUCAAUACCAGGGACAAAAAGUAUUGACGGGUGCAGAUCUUUAUGCAUGCCCUCUAACAUCUGUUUUGCAAUUAGGUGAGGCCGUUUUGUUUUUGGAUGGUUAUCAGCAUCAUUUAAUGUUGUGGCAGAACAUCGAGGCUUAUGUUCCACUUAUCUGGUUUCCCAUUGGGUUUUAAUGGUCAAGUGAUAAACAAUGACCUGAGCUGGUUUAGACAAGAAAUUCUCCAGAAAGCGCACAUAGGCCAAAACACAACAGGAAACGUAAACACAUACAGCCAGAGACCUCUAUCGAAACAAGUGCUUACUUUUUGCAUUUUUCCUGCUUCGUUUUACUGAAUAAAUAUAAAU